UCUGAGGUCUGAUGAGUUCAGGGUCAGUGUGGAUUGGACGCAGCUGUGCAGCUCUGUCUGCACCCAGGCCCUGGAGCCAGGUCCUGGCUCAGGUCACAUGGCUUUUGACUCAUGGACGAGUUGGAGCGUUACUUUGAUGACUCCAUUGCAAAUGACUCUGGCUUUAUGUUGGAGGAGGGGCUGGGUCUCCAGAGCCCCGCCCACUCAAUACAAGACUCCUCUUACCUGUCGGUGAAGGCACAGUCAAGCACAGAGCUGGGGGAGGAGCUCGACCUCAGUUUCCUACCUGAUGAGCUCAGCACUCAGACGGACACAGCCAAGGCAGCAGAGACCCAGGCUGCAGCUCCGGAUGUGUCUCAGGACAGUGGUAUCUGUCUGGACUACAACUCCCAGGAUUCUACAGCAGCAGUUGACCCCCAGCAGGGGGGGUCCCUGCAGUCCAGCGCCUCCCCCUUCUGUCCCAUGACCCCCAUGACCCCCAUGACCCCUGUGACCCCUGUGACUGAGAGAUCUGGAAUCAUCCCACAGUUACAGAACAUUGUCUCCACAGUGAACCUGGGUUGUCCUCUGGACCUGAAAUUCAUUGCCCUCCAAGCCAGAAAUGCCGAGUACAACCCAAAGCGUUUUGCGGCAGUCAUCAUGAGGAUCCGUGAGCCUCGAACCACAGCUUUGAUCUUCAGCUCAGGGAAGAUGGUCUGUACAGGAGCCAAGAGUGAGGAGCAGUCGCGGCUGGCAGCCAGGAAAUACGCCCGGGUGGUGCAGAAACUUGGCUUCCCCGCUCGCUUCCUGGACUUUAAGAUCCAGAACAUGGUGGCUAGCUGUGACGUCUGCUUCCCCAUUCGACUGGAAGGGAUGGUACUGACCCACCAGCAGCUCAGCAGUUAUGAACCAGAGCUGUUUCCAGGCCUCAUCUACCGCAUGGUGAAACCUCGUAUCGUCCUGCUCAUCUUUGUGUCUGGGAAGGUGGUUCUGACUGGAGCUAAAGAACGUGCUGAGAUCUACGAAGCAUUUGAGAACAUUUAUCCCAUCCUGAGAGGCUUCAGAAAACAAUGAGGACUCUUUGAGAGCACUUCAUGUUCAUCUCUACAUAGAAGGAAUAAUAUACGUUUGUGUAAAUGAUUUGACUGUUUGUUUUUGUGUGCGUUAAAUAUUUGACCAUCCUGAAUAAAAAAAAUAAAGGGCCUUUUUCUAAAUUGAUGCACAGAAAACUUGUUAA